AUGCCGGCAAGUUUAGAGCAGUUAAGACGGUGCCACUUCCUUUUCAUGAAGUGGAUGAGGAAGGCUGAUGAUGCUCAUUGGCAGCAGUUGCUUACAGAAUUUGAUUCGGAUUUACGGACAUUUUUCAACCCAAAUUUUUCUGAUGAGAACCUCAUUGUCCUUGUACAAGUCGUUGUAGCAAGACAUCAACUUGGUCAUAAUUGUUCCAGGGAUAGAAAAGAGUCAUCUCGAGUGCUUUCCUAUUUUAAAAACAUUGAUGCGUUCAAAUCUUCUGGUUACAUAUGUUCCCAUGAAGAAUCGGAAAUUCUGCAAAACCUAAAACAAGCCAUGUUUACAGCCAAACGUUCCACCUUUGGGCUCCGUACCACUGGAAAGCAGCUUCCUAGUCGUGAUCAAUGUCAAUCAGAAAAAAAGGCAAGAGAAAAGAAGAAAAAAGUAGAAAGAAACUGUAAAAGCCCCGCUGUGUCAGCUAGCACCAGAAGAUCCUGCUCUGAAUGGGAGCUAAUAUGA